AUGACGGACCAUUAUUUCCCCUCUCCGCACAGCCUUGCCUUCCGUCAGCUCUUCCACGCACGCAACAAUCAGUCGGCGCUGUACUGCUUCGACAUGAAGGACGUGUCAUCUGUGAUGCCGGAGGACGUGGCAGCGGCAUUCCGUACGGCACAGGAGGAGGACUGGGGCGCGGAGGUGGACGAGGUAGACCCCAGCCUGCACUACUACGAUGACGAGAUCCGCCAGAAAGUUCUCGAGUUCGGCAGAACCGCUGAUUCUAUCUGCGAGGACGCCGGCGCCGGCGCUGCCGUGCCGCGCGCGCCACGGAUUGGCCAGCAUCUCCGCCCCUCCAUUGAAGGCCGCGAGGAGCUCUACCGUGUGCUCGUGACGGAGCCGAUGGAGGGCACCCUCGUCGACACAGACUCAGAGAUGUGUGCGCUAUUUGAACAGGAGCAGCGCUGGCGGGCCGCCUUACCGCACCUGUCCAACGGGCAGCAGCAGCAAGGCAGCCACAGCGGCAAGCGGUGCAAUGCCAAUGGCGGCCACGGGGCCGACGAGAAAGACGCCGACAAUGCUCAGCCAGUCGCAUGCGCGAGUGCGACGAGGCAGCAGAGCCGCGACAAGGCGGUAAAGAAGGGUCCCGGGGCGGCAGUGGCGAACGGCGCCGGCUUUGACGAGUCCGCAGCCCACAGCCAGUCCAUCAUCGGAUCGACCAUGUCCUCGGCGUCGCCGCCGCCACCGGCAAAGUUCUUAUAUCCCAUACCAAGGGCAAUAGCCCUGCGCUUGACAAGGGAGGAAGAGGAGGAGAUGCGCGCCGAGUAUUGCCGCCAGCACCGCAUCCCGUACGUCGCCCCUGCAUUCCACAGCGUCGGCACAGCGACAGGAAACCGCGCCGACGCCUGUGCUGGCGGAUUUUCUGCUCAGCAGCAGCACAUGGCGCCGCCGACGCCGUUGCCCGUUGUGGAGCGUCGCCACUACCACUUUGAGAGCGACCCGCAGUACCGCGACGGCCGCGUCCAUCUUGUCGAGGAGCACGGCGUGCUCUACCACUUUGCCUACUUUGCCAAGCGGCAGUUCCCGACGACGGCCGCCGCCGCCGCUGCUGCUGCCGAGUCCUCGCGCGGCUCGCAGAAAGGAGUGAUGACGGGAGGCGCUGCGCCGUCUGGGGUGCUGACAGCCGGUAAGACGUCGAUCGUCCGCGGACGUUGUUUGCACGAUGUGGUGUACUGCGAGAAGCCGUCUGCGUCGCCGGCGUCGAGCAGCAAGCACGCCGCUGCGUCGUCCUCGGGGUUCGCGGGUAGUGAGCCCGAGGUUGCGCCGCCUGUGCGCUACACCUGGUGUGCGCGCUGCGGGGAACGUGUGACGCAGCGGAUGGACUACACUCAGCUGCGCCGGCUCAAGUCCACCCGCGCGCAUCGCCGCACCGUGCGGAGGCGGCUGCCUAACGGCGACCAGGAUUCGCCCAGGGAAAAGGACAGCGUGGACGAGGUCGCCUCGAACACGGAGCGUGUCGAUGAGGAGGGCGAGGAGGAGUUCAUCAUCAACAUCAUGCCUGUUCGCGUGGUUGGCAUGGAUGGUCUGUUGCCGUCCCGCAGCCGUGGCACGCCGUGGCUGCGCGGGUACGAGCAGGAGAGCGAGGCGGCCGAGGACGCCUACAUGGAGCAGCUUGAGCAGAAGCCGCCAGUGAUGCGGGUGUGCCGUUUUAUCGAAGGCUCCGUCGGGGACAAGAUCGUCAACCGUGCCGCGCUUGUCACGCUGCUGUCGUACCGCCCCAUGUGUCUGCAGGCGGGGCUCAGCGACGCCCUGACGCGGCCCAUCUGGUCCAUGUGUGUGCUGUCGAACAUCCCGUACCUGCAGAUGGUGCGGGAGACCUUCUUUAGAGCCAAGGCGGCGGUCGCGGAGGUGGACGACGACGAUCUGCUGCUGCGCAACUGGCUCGACGUUGUCGAUCGCGAGAACAACUUCUACAACUUCAUCAACGCGAACCUGCACAUGACGCGUAACUUCACCCCACCGGAGCGGGCGGUGCGGCAGCGCGAGCAGACCGACGAUGUCGCCAGCGCAGGCACCGCGUCGAGGCGGAGGACGACUACCGGUGGUGGCUGUGGCGUCAGAGAGGGCGGCAGCGUCGGCAUCGACCCUGCCGGCUCCUCGUCCGUAACAUCACCGUCGCUGCUGAAGACGGCCGUGUACUCCACCGUUGGAGAUAAUAGCAGCCCCGCGGAGAGUCACGCGGCGCGUUCCGCACCGUUGGCAAGCGGUGCCGCGACAUCGCCGUCGCGCCGCGGGGCAGCCCUCACGGCGGCGGUGGCGGCGUGCGAGUCGGCCGAGACGGCCGGGCAGACGACAGACGCGGCGGCGCAGGGCGUGUGCGGCAAGAGGCAGCACAAGGACGGCGACUUGAAGCCGGCGGAAGGCGACGGCGCCGAUCUGCGCAGCCGCCACCUCACACGCGCUCUCGAGGACGCCACGAUCGGGCGACCCGAGGGCCAUGACCCGCGCGACCAGGUCGAGGAAGACGAAGACGACGAGGAUGGCGCAGACGAAGAGGGCGGGGAGCGGGGCGCCAGCGACGGCGUCGGCGUCGGCGAGAGCGACGCGGCUGCCAAGGCCGCUGCACGGCGUGAAAAAGGCAAGAAGAAGCUGCAGCACAAGGACUUGGGGCUGCCUUCCCUCUGUUGGAGUACCGCGUCUCCGCCGGCGUCGUCAACGGACCAAAGUGCCGCGGAUCCUGCCGCAGCAUCGACAUCGCCUUUCACGGAGGAUACGAACCAGGUGAGAAAUGACGACCGGGGCAACACCGUAGCGGCGAGUGUGAUGGGCGGACUGCCUGCUGCGGUCGGCAGUCACUAUGAGGCCCAUCGACACCGCAGUGGUCGCAAUGAGGAUGGUGAGGAUGCAUCUGGCGAGCCCCCAGCCACGACCACCACCACCCCCCGCUUACUGCCAAACUCCGCGUCGGCGCGCUCCGCCACCGGGCAGGGCAACAGUGGUGUAGGCGACGGAGUGAGACUCGCCGUGAACAACUUCGACGACGAUGAUGAUCCGGACCUGGGCACGGAAGAAGAGCGCCGUCGCGCACGCGUUAGCGCCGCGAGGAUCUCAGAGACGAGUGGUUUCUCGCUCCAGAGGCCGACAGCACCAUCACGGGUAGCGGGGGAGGCACCCAGUGCGGAAAAGCAGCCGCACCAGCAGCGGCUAAAGUUGCCGCCGCGACCGAAUUUCCAGCUCUUUUCAUCCCGCCUUGAGCCGCAUGCGCCACUGUCGCUCUGCACGCUCUUCGACUACGACGCUAGCGCUGACCAAGCCGCGAAGAGGACGGUCACGCAGCUGGCCGCCGCCGUUGCGGCGGGCGUAGCCGCCGACCACACAAACGGUGUCGGUAGCCGAGAUGAAGACGGCGUCGGUCAGGCGACUGCCGCCAGUGCCGCUCCAGAAGCCGCCACCACCGUAUGGCCCAGCUACGUUCAGCGCGACAUCCUGCGGGAGAACGAGCGGCAGCAGGCGGAGCCGAAAGCCACGCGGCGCCCUAGUCAUGCCCUGUACGAGUGCGGCAUGCUGGCCACCACCCGCGGCCGCAACUUCCUCUUUCUCCUACGCGAGGACUGCGUGCGGGCGCUGCUGUUCUACUGCUCCGCCGCCGCGGCGCCGAUCUUCAUUGGCGCGUACAUCGAGCCAGUGGACACAACGAGCCUCAGCUACGGUGGUGCGGUGCGGCUGCGACGGCCGAGCACCGUCGACAUCCCGCUCCACGGCGGCGACGAGGAUGGCGGCAGCCGCACCGCACCGGCGCGCAACUAUGACGGCGAGCGGGUAGUCAUUGGGCAGGUGGAAGGGAUGGAGGUGAUGGCCGAGUACUUCAAGAGCAAAGGCCUCAUCACGUGCUUCAGCGUGUCGGAUUUGGACAAGGCGGCCCCCGGGCCGAGUGCCGCGCACCGACUGCGCAAGAUGAUCUUGCCAACAACCUCGUUAUCCACGACCUAUGCACAGCGCCGCAGCAGCCGUAGCAGCAGCAGCAGCAGCGGUGGCCUUGCAGGGGAAGCAGACUCGUUGGCGGCUCAGCAGGCACGAGAGCUGGCACAGUACGGCCACGUCUUCACCUACGCUGCGGACGAGUUCUGUGAUGGCGACUUGGUCGUCUUCAAUUUCGAAAUGCGGCGGUGGGAGCACUACGAGCAUGUUCAGCUGCGCCGACGAUUCGCUGCGAGGGCAGCCACAGAUACUGCUGAUGCGGUGGCGACGGCGGCAUCUGCGAUGUCGGUGAGAACCGACGAACCGACAUUCACGGGCAACGUAGCGGUAGCUGCUGACGGCAGCUGGAGCUGCGCCAGCUCCGUCGUGGACCUCUCUAUGUCCGCCAGGCUUCUGUGCGUCGGGCUGGAUGAGCUGCUGCUGAGCUGGACCAAGUGGAUCGUCGACAACCGCUUCUACGAAGACCGCACCGACCUGGGCUGGCUAACACUUCCAGACGGCAGCCCUAUCCAACUCGGCGGUCGCUACUUUCUCUGGAGCUUCCGCCACAAUCAUCAGCGCUACUUCUACGGCGUCAUUCCGAAAUUCGCGAAGGGGCGGCUGCGGCGGCAGAAGAUGGUCGAGCGCAACCGCAGCAAGAAGGACGCCGAGGCGCCGUGCCAGCAAGCGCAGCCGCUGGCGGGGAUAUUGACUUCCCCGGUGGGUGCGCAGCGGUCGAGUGACGUGUCGGUGGCACCUUCGGCACCGUCGUCCCCAGAGCUCGUCACCGUCGUUGCCGCCACCCCCUCGUCUCCCCCCAGGCCCAGCGGCAAAAGCCCUUGGCGGACAAACCACACGCUUGAGGCGCAGCACGAAGGAGAACCGCGGCGGCGCGGCGGCGACAUCGGCACCGGCAGCCUGCAUGCGGAUCCGGCUCUUGGCGAUCAAGCGUCCUCAUCUCCUCCGCAUCCUGGUCUAGGUGUUUCGCCACCUGCCCGCGCGGGUACAACGCAGCAAUCACCUCUGCCGCGAGAGCAACAGUCAACGUCGGCCGCUACACAGGCCGUGUCAACAGCGGCUGCGAGCAGUGCACACCCUGCGGCAGUGCGCCAGCGUCAGCGCCACUCCUCUCCCCAUCUGCAGACGCAGCAGCCGAUCGCCGCGACAUCGGCGCCUCUGCCGCUGCCCCACCGCAUGAACCCGCUCUAUACAGACAGCAUCUCUUACUCGGCGUCAGACGCAAACAUCACUCUUCCACAGCAAUCGAUGCCGCAGUGGGCCAACACUAACGCCACCGCCUCGCGCGUAAGCGCUGCGCCAGCAACAGCCGGAGAACAAGCACAGCAGGGCAACUUCGCAAGCUCCCUCAACUCUGCCGGCGGCUUCUCCGUGCACGUCGGCAGCGACGCGGCCCGGUCCACCCUCUGCUCCCCCAAGAUCGCGACUGAAUCGCUGACCGCCGCCGCCGCAACGACAACGACGACGAAAGCGACAACGGCAGUGCGUCGUGCGCCCUUCCUAAACCCACCACCGCAGCAGCCACUCAGCGGCACCCGCAACCGCCUCAGCGCACCCGGCAGCCCCGCCAUGUACAGAUCUGGACCGCCGAUCGGCUUUGGAGGCGGGCCAAACUACUACUACCAGUACGGCGGUAACACAUUCAUACAAGAUGGAAAGCAGCAAGAGAACGAGUACUACCCGCCGCUGCCCAUGAGCACUCCCUUCCACCCUGUCACGGCCAUCACAAAGUUGGUGCCGCUGCCUCACCCAAAGACGGGGCGCGGCGGUAUUCCGGCCAUCUUCCGCUUCUGGGGCCCCAUUGGGUCCCCAGCGCCCCGCACGCCGGUUCCUGUGCCCUCGCUGCCAAACGCAGGCGGGGUGGCGGCCACGGUCUUCUUGGCCGCCAUACCGAUCUCACUGGUCCCACAGCAGAUGCAUCCACUGUCGCCGCGGCACCCCGCGACUGGCGGCUCGCCCGCUGCCAGCAGCCCCCUCGGUGGUGGCGAGAGCAUGGGCAUGAGCCUGGUGGAGGUACACCACCACAGUAAUGGUUCCAGCCUCGGCGCUGGUUCGCCCACCGCACCGGCAAUCACUCCCGCCCCCGCUACGGCUGCCGCCGGUGCAUCAGCCGUCAACUUGACGGUCCGUGUGCGCCGGCGCACCGGCGGCGGAAACACGGCAGCGAUCAGAGUGGGUGGCGGCGCUUCUCUAGCACCGCUGCAGCUACCCUCGCAGGGCACCUCCUCGCUCGGUGCCUCACUGACGACGCUCGCGACGACAGGGCCUGCCAAGGGGCCUGGCACACCCUUCAAGCAUAGCCCCAUAACCCCAUCAAACCUUCCUCCAGCGCCGUUGUUCGCUCAGUCCGCGCCGGCGCAACUGCUGGUGGACGAUAGCGGGUCGCAGCGACUCUCGCCGACCAGCAUGCUCCCUACCAACCUCGUUAACGAAGGAUCAAAGACGAAAGGCGAGUCGGUGCUGCGGGUGGACGAGGACACGUACAUGCAGCGGGAGGCAUUCCGGUGGAACCCGUAUGCGAGCACCAAGUGGGCGCAGAACAGAAGCAACAGCACCGGUGCCAGUACCAGUGACUCCCGCGGUCGUCUUCCUGUGGAGGGUGGCAGCGGAAGCGGUUAG